AUGGAAAAACACAACUUCACAGUGGUGACCGAGUUCAUCCUGCUGGGCAUCACAUAUUGGCCUGAGAUGCAGGCUCCACUGUUCCUCCUGUUCCUUGUCAUCUACCUGACCUCGAUGCUGGGCAACCUGGGCAUGAUCAUCCUCACCCAGGUGGACCCCAGGCUGCAAACUCCCAUGUACUUUUUCCUCAGACACCUGGCUCUCACUGAUCUUGGCUAUUCCACAACUGUGGGACCCAAAAUGCUGGUAAAUUUUGUGGAAGAUCAAAAUAUAAUCUCUUAUUAUGGUUGUGCUACACAGCUAACUUUCUUAGCUUUUCUCUUGGGUAGUGAGCUUUUUAUUCUGUCUGCGAUGUCCUAUGACCGGUAUGUUGCCAUCUGUCACCCUCUCCUCUACACUGUCAUCAUGUCACCAAGAGUGUGUUGGGUACUAGUGGCAAUUCCCUGUCUCUACUGCACAUUUGUAUCACUUCUCAUUUCUGUAAAGAUUUUCAGUUCAUCUUUCUGUGGACCUAAUGUUAUUAAUCAUUUCUUCUGUGAUUGUAUCCCCUUGAUUUCUUUGCUCUGCUCAACUACUCAUGAGGUUGAAUUUAUAAUCAUGAUAUUUACAGCUUUUAACUCGAUUUCCUCUCUUCUGCUGGUCCUCAUGUCCUACUUACUCAUCCUCAUAGCCAUUCUCAGGAUGAAGUCUGCAGAGGGCAGGGGCAAGGCCUUCUCCACCUGCGGUUCCCACCUGACUGCGGUCACCGUGUUCUAUGGGACACUGAUAUUUACGUACUUGCAGCCCAAGUCCAGCCACUCCUUUGACACUGACAAAGUGGCUUCCAUAUUUUAUACCCAGAUAAACCCACUGUUGAAUCCUUUGAUCUACAGCUUGAGGAACAAAGAUGUAAAAUAUGCUCUUCAUAGGAUAUGGAAAAACAUAUGCAAAUGCUUUUCUUUAAAGACAUGA